AUGAAGUUUGUUGAACAUGUUAAAGAACUGGACAGCGAAGUCUUCAGUGACUUUCCAGGAGAGCUGGGGAUAUUUGCUAGUCAUUAUGAGAAUAAAGUAGUUGUGCAGAUCCGUUACAAUGGCGAGAUGGAUUCUACUUAUGAAUUGAAAUCGAAGGGGCUUGGGAACCAGGAGCAGGAGUUGGCAUUGGACUUUGGAAACGAAGGGGGAGACUUCGCUGAUGAUUAUGCUCCUGUGCGCGACCCUCUUUCUCAUUACGACGUCAUAACGAAAUUAGGCGAUUCGAACGACAUGAAGAUCCCGAUUAUCUGCACACAAAUAGCCCAGUUAUAUGAUAGAGUGAUUAUCCCCAGACUCGGUGGACAGCAGGGACUUCCAUCUGAUUAUGUCAUUACAUUAAGCACAAAAUUGUGGAGAAAAUCCGAGGUUAAAUCGUUCGAGAAGUUGAUAUUUCUGCUUGCAGCCAUAAAAGAGGCUUAUGAAUGA